AGAACGUAUUAGCUGCGCAUGCGUAGACGUUGUUUUCGCUAGUAAGUCAAGAUGGCGGAUCUGCUAGGUUCAAUAUUAAACUCGAUGGAAAAACCUCCAACUGUCGGCGAUCAGGAAAGCCGACGAAAGGCUCGAGAGCAAGCAGCAAGGCUCAAGAAGAUGGAAGAAGAGGAAAAAAGAAAGAAAGCAGCGUUCAGGAAAAAGAUGGAGAAAGAAGUGUCAGAUUUCAUCCAAGACAGUAUACAACAGAAACGAAAAUACAACCCAAUGGGCAAGAUUGAGCGAAGUAUAUUGCAUGAUGUCGCUGAAGUGGCUGGUCUGACUUCUUUUUCUUUCGGGGAGGAUGAAGAGAGCCGUUAUGUCAUGCUGUUCAAGAAGGAGUUUGCUCCAUCUGACGAGGAGCUGGAGGCUUAUCGCAAAGGAGAAGAGUGGAAUCCUCAGAUAGCGGAGCAACGACGCAGAUUGAAAGAGCAGGCAGCUCUGGAAGAAGCAGCAUCCCGGCAGAGCGACAAGUCGGAGGUGUGUCCAAAUUCCAACUACAGGGACAAGUACAGCCACCUGAUUGGCACCUCUGCAGCCAAAGAUGCAGCACAUACACUGGAAGCCAAUCAGGCAUAUGGAUGUGUGCCGGUUGCCAACAAGAGGGACACCCGCUCCAUAGAAGAGGCCAUGAACGCCAUCCGAGCAAAGAAGCGGCAGAAGUUAGAAAACGACACAAACGCACACAGCAGCACUUUCUGAGUGGCUUUGUGAGACCAUGUGGACGUGCAAUGUGGUCCCUGACUAGAAAUGCAAGAUUCUCUACUUCAGACUUUAUACAUGGCAGGUGGACGGUCUACUCAGAUCCCGAUUGUACACGAGAGACUCAGGAUUUCUGAGUUCUUUGUGUCAGCUAAUAACUUCUCAGUCAUAUUUGAGCCAUUGACAGUAUGAGUAAGGAAACAUGCUUGUGUUAAAAAUAGGAUGCUCCAAGUGUACUCUCCAAUACUGACUUAGAUUCUUGCGUAGUAUUACUAUUGAAAGUGUUGAGAUCACACUUCCAAGGUUUAUUGGGUAUGGCAUUGAUAUUGUCGCCCAAUUACCAUUUUUAAAAGUCGUCAUCUUUCAAUGGAUGAGAUCAAACCAGGCUAAAAAAAUCUCUUUAAGAAAUACAAAUGUAUAUGUUUUAAGCAUCGUUUUUUCUUAUCUGUGAUCAGUCGUCACUCUAAAAUGUCAGGUCAAUGCGUACAAUGAGUUAAGAGCAGAAACAUGCAUUGUCAUGUUUUAUUUAAAGUCCUUUUUUGGUGUUAUUCUUUUCUGACAAAGGUGUCUUGGUUUGUUUUUAAAACGCUGUUUUAUCUCAUGUGUAUAAAACGUAUAAAGUGAAAAA